AGCGGCGGUGGCGGCGGAAGCGCCGCGCUCAGCCCAGUCGCUCCCGCGGGCUGCAGCUUGAGGGAGAAGAGCCGGAGCGCCGCUUCCGUGAGGCGCAGGUAAGGAUCCUUUUGUGCGAAGAUGCCGCUCUUUGGGAAGAUUGUUAUCAUUAAACGGAACGGGACCGACGGCAUUUAUUUUCCGCUCACCGCCAGCUCGUGUUUAUUUGGAAGGAGAACAGAAUGUGAUAUUCGCAUUCACUUGCCUCAGGUCUCAAAAGAGCACUGUAAAAUUGAAGUAAACGAGAACAAGGAGGCAAUAUUGACUAAUCUGAGUACAGUAAAUCCCACUCAGCUGAAUGGUGGUUAUUUCCAGCAGCCUGUACCUCUGAAACAUGGGGAUGUGCUAACUAUUAUCGAUCGUUCUUUCAGAUUUGAAUAUCCUCUCCAAUCAACUCCAAAGAAAAGACAGUCUAGAUCUCCAAAAGAUGAAGCACUGCAGGUUCUUCAUGUUCAGCAGGUGGCAGAAGCGGAGCUGUUACUCAAACAAACUUCAGGACCUAAAAGUCUUUGUUCUUCAGAUAAUUCUGAGUGCAAAGACCAAAACGCCGAGGAAAAUAAACACAGCACAGAGGAAAACCAUUCAAAAGCCAUACCAGCUAAGCUACAAGCACUCAAGUCAUGCAAAAUACAAGAAUCUGCUAAAAAGGAAAACGAAAUGUCUCCUUUUAGUAAACUCUAUGAAAAGCUGAAACAUGAGGUUAGAGGGAGAAAACUUCUACAAGAAGGAAAUUUACUUCAAAAAACUGGAGAAGAUGGGAAGAGUGUUCUGCUGGAACCAAAUGCUCGAAUUCCACCAAGUUGUGUUCAUGAACUGGGAAGCACAACUAAAGGAAAAGGAAUAGAUGUAAAAGAGAAUAAUGAAGAAUGUAAAAUUAAUCAAGAUGUAGUCAAUUCAGAGUUGACUCAGAGUUCAACUGUAGGAAAUGCUACCAGGAAGAGUCUUACAAAAACUCCUCAAAAUUCUGUUUCAAAGGAGAUGACAAGAGGUAGUGGUAAGGGAAGUCAUCUGCAAGAUCAUAAGGAAUUAAGUACAUCAGGGAAAUUGAGAGGUCCUGAAGUUACACCCAAUGCCCGUAAGGAGAAGAAUGGGAAUGCAGCACGUUCACUGAAGACGUGCUUGAGUUAUGCAGAUAAAAUUGACAACUCUGCAGUAAUAUUAGAUGAACUAACACAGGCAGCUAACGUGACAAAUAUUUCAGAAGGUGAUAAAUGUGUUUUGUCUACACCGAGGCCCAGAAGAAAGAGUCUUCGGUCUGCCUUCAUGUCACCUGCCAAAGAAACAUGUGGUACAGAUUCUGUAAGUACUGGGACUCCAGUAACUCGAGGAGAUGUGUUGGUGGAACAUGAGUCUUUUUCGGCAAUUUCAGCUGAUACUCCAGGGGAAGAUGCAGUGUGCAGAGAUGAUAGCCUCCAACAACUGGCAGAAAAUAAAUGCUUAAAACAGAGACGAAAUAGUAAACAGCUUACACCAGGAAAAUCAGUGAAAGAAGAGACGCUGAUAGAAAUUUGUGAUCAGACAAACAUUAACUUGAAAAAGAGAGAUUCUGGGUCUCCUGCAGCAUCUAAGAGUCCCAGAAGAAAAAGCAGGCAAAGUAAUGAGUUAACAAACAAAAGCGUCCACUCCGAAACAUCAACUUCAGAAGAAUUCACAUCAGAGCUGGCAUCUGCUAGUCAGAAAUCUGGCUCUGGAAGAAAAAGGGGAAGGACGAGGACCUCUGGACAGUUAACUGAAAAAGCAUUGGAGGCAAAUGCAGUUCAAGAACACCACGAUGAGACUGCAGACAGAAAAGACAGUGAAGCUAAACAAGAGCUGGCCAACAAGGGAUGUCAAAAGAAGCUGGAUUUGGAAGAUGCCCAUAUUCUAAGACCUCAUAGAUUAUCAUCAAAAAGGUCUUCUGGAAGUGCUACUGUACCAAAAGACAAUGAGACUCCUUCAGAAAGAAAUACUUCUGGCCUGUCAACUGAGGAGCAACCAGAUAAGACCAAAAGGAUGUCUCAGAAGAGGACAAGUGGUGAUUUGUUACCUCAGCCUUUAGGAAAAAGAAAAAGAGUGUCUUUUGGUGGUCAUCUGAGUCCAGAACUCUUUGAUAAAAGCUUGCCUCCCAACUCACCCAUUAAAAGAGGUGCCAUUCCCGCAAGACUGAGCUUACCGUUUGGAAACUCACCACGUGCAGUUCUGAAAAAGGGGCAGGGACUGAAGCACUUUGCAACCCAGGAACUUAGUGUACAUUUGCAGAAAGAAAAAAUGUCACCGAGAAGUGUGUCAGCACAGAAGUCUCCACCCGGCUCAUCCUCUGCUCCUGGAAAAGCAACACCAACAUUUACUUUAAGCUCUCCACCACCUUACACAAAAGGACGUUUCUCUGUUUCUCAAAUAACUACUCCAUCCCCCAUUGCAGAAGAGCAGAAUGCAGGUGUGAAAGAUAUGAAUACAAAGGAGAAAAAUGGUCAAGUGCAAACACCUAAAUCUGCUCCUGUUAACGAAGAUGAGAAAGCCUUUUUGAUGACUACACCUAACAAAUUAACCAGAAGAUCACAACAUGCUUUGAAGAAGACUCCCAUGAAGAGGAGAAGUGGGGCUGUGGCAGUACUCAGUGCGAAAAGAAGAAGUGGUGCUUCUAGUGCCAAUUUACUAGUUGCAAAAACUUGGGCAGAAGUGGUUAAAUUAGGUGUUGCAAGACCACAGGCAAAGGCUGUAAAAAAAUCGGUUCAAAAAGGAAGGCCAGCAAGGAAAAUCACACAGUCACCAAAGACACCAGAAAGAAAAAUAAAAGGUCAUUUUAGUACAGGUCAUGCAGAGUCUCCUGCUACAAUAGUUGUAGGUAGAGCUUACUCCACCACAGUUCAAACCGCUGGGAAGGUCCCUAAAGUGGUAAAAAAUCCAAUCUUAAAACAGAGCAUGAGUAUGGAUGAAAACUUCACAGGACUGACUGAGAUGUUUCAAACACCAGACAAUCAGGGUGGAAAAACCGUAGCUCUGACCAUUGCUCAUAAUUUUACACCAACGUUCACUGCAAUGGAGAUUUCUGAUCUGCAAACUCCUGAAGAAUCUGGAGAGAUGAUGGUGUCGCCAUUAAAUGCUUCAGAUGUUUCAGAACAGAAACAGGAUUAUCAAGACAUCUCUUACUUUCUGAGAGAGAGAGAAUCUCUAAAGUCUGUGUUUGAUGCAAUAUCCACAGAAACUCCUGAAAAGAGAAAAAGUAUGCUGAAAGAAGAUACUGGUAUGGAUAGUGCGUCAGUAAAUCCAGAGAAAAAAGUAUCUCAAAUGAGGUCACCAAAUAAAAGGAAAAGUCAGAAGUUGGAGUCAGUUGAAGUUGUAUCAAGCAUCAAGCAGCCUUUAAAGACCCCAAAACAGAAGUUAGAGCCUGUAGAGUCCUUGUCAGGCAUUAAGCAGCUCAUGAAGACACCAAAACAGAAGUCAGAACCAGCGGAGGUCCUGUCAGCCAUCAAGCAGCUCUUGAAGACCCCGAAGCAGAAGUUGGAACCAGCAGAGGUACUGUCGGGCAUCAAGCAGCUCAUGAAGACACCAAAGCAGAAGUUAGAGCCAGUGGAGUCCUUGUCAGGCAUCAAGCAGCUCAUGAAGACCCCAAAGCAGAAGUCAGAACCAGCAGAUGUCUUGUCAGACAUCAAGAAACUUUUAAGGACCCCAAAGCAGAAGUCAAAACCAGCAGAGGUUCUAUCAGGCAUCAAGCAGCUCAUGAAGACCCCGAGGGAGAAGUUGGAGCCUGUAGAGUCCUUGUCGGGCAUCAAACAGCUUUUGAGGACGCCGAAGCAGAAGUCAGAACCAGCAGAGGCCCUGUCAGGCAUCAAGCAGCUCAUGAAGACCCCAAAGCAGAAGUGGGAGCCUGUGGAGUCCUUGUCGGGCAUCAAGCAGCUCAUGAAGACCCCGGAAGAAAAGCUGAAGCCAGCGGAGGUGUUAUUGGGCCCACAGCAAAAGUCAGAACCUAUUACAGAUGAAAAUGCCUCUGAAAAAUUGCUGGAGACUCCAAUACAAAAAAAGGAAGUAUUAAAAGAUGUGACAAGAGUUAAUUUAAUUAAGAAAACUCCAAAAUUGAAAUCCCAACCGGUAGAAGACAUGAUUGGAAUCAGCCGUAUUUUCAAGACACCAAAGGAAAAAGUUAAACCCAUAGAAGAUGUAUUUGGUAUUAGCAGAUUAAUGAAGACUCCCAGAGAGAAAUCUCACCCAGUUGAUGAUUUUGUGGGUCUGAGUAGGCUGAUGGCAGAACCCAGACAGAAAAAUACUGAGUUUGAAGUGGACUACAUUGGAGUGAAGGAAAUAUUUGAUACACCAGAGAAAACGAAGGUCAAGUCAGUAAGUGUUAUGGAUCCUAAGCAAGAAGAUACUGUACAUCCUUCUACUAAUUGCAGUCGUGAAUAUGAAGACAAACAAAAUGCUUCACAAGGUGAAGAUUCUCAACAGAGGAAGUCAACUAGUGAAGACCAGUCUACCCAGAGACCAACCAGGGGCAGAUUGAGGAAGACUGUACAUCCUGCUUCAAUAAAGCAGACUGAAAAGGAUUUAAAUUUAAAAGAAUUGCAAGGUCUGGAGAAAAAGAGCUUCCAAGAAGAGAUGGGGGAGGUCAGAACUUCAACUUCAGUAGCUAAAAAUCUAGGAAGAGGAAGGACAACAAAUGCUUGUGUGGUAGAAGAAAACGUUUCAAAACAUAAUGAUGAGAAAAAAGUUGAAACUGUUUCAACUUUGGAAAUGCAUGUUGCUACUCAAAGACCCAGAAGAGGUAAAAGGAAAGAAGCAGAGGAGUUAAAACUUCCAGAUGAGAAUCUUGAUUCUUGUGGCAAAGAUUCUUCAGUGUUACAAAAAGAACCUGCAACUAUGAAACUGGCUUUGCAGGAUUUUAUCAUUAGUGACAUAUCAAUGAAAGAUGAUGUUCAAAGCAUGAAGGCAGAAAGUUUAUCUAGUAACAGUCAAAAUGAAAACUGUCAACUGCAGACAGAUAUUAAAAACUCUAAAAAUGCAGCUAAUGAAGCUAAUCCAGGAGACAGUGAAGAAAUGCUUCUACUGCCUAGGAAGAGGGCUGGAGAAGUGAGAAAAGUAGAAAAUGCAGAAGAACCGAUGGCCCCUAAAAGAGGAAGGAGAGCCAAGAAUGACCAGGUCAAGCAAGCGAAUAUAACAGAAUCAUCUCGGAGAUUAAAAUCAAUGUCACCUUCUGGAGAAACAAACAAAAUGCCAACUACUGUUCUAGUCUUGGAAUCAAACAGUACAGUGCAAGAAACGUACAGAACUAGGAGCAGGAGAGGCAAGAAGGCCUCUUCAGAGCAAAAGACUGUUGAAUCUGCUGAAAACUUAGACAGCUCAGAGCUAAUAACACCCAAAUUGAAGUCAGAAACAGAAAUGGAGGAAUCUGCUCCCAAAGAGCCUUCAGACUGUGUUGAUGAAAAGAAGAUAGACAAAAUAAUGCAAGACCAUAACUGCACAUCAGUCACAACAGUUACUGCUGUAAACAGUGACAGUGGUGCCCGUAACUAUCAAAAGCAGACAGAAAAUGAACAGGUACUAAAAUCAAAGCAAAUUGAAAUUCUGCAAGAGAAUCAAACACAAAGCAAUGGAGCUGUGCGUAGAAGAGGUAGAAUUAGGAAAGUUAAUUUUGAACUUAAAGAAACCACUUCCAAAGCACUUGGGCGAAAAAGGAGUUCACCUGGGGAUGAGGAAGGAAUGACUUACAAACUUGGUCAGCAAGAGACUUCAGAAAAUUCUUCUUCCCAAGUAAGGAGGAGCAGAAGAAAGCAAGUUAAUUCCAUUCCACAGGCGGCUGGUUCUACCUUCACAAAACAGCAGACCUUAAUUGAAGAUCAUAGUAAAGAUGAGACUUCUGUAAAAGACCACGAUCCAGCUUUGGAAACUACUCCCUCUUCAACAGAAGGCAAUCCACUGAGACGGGGAAGAAGACGAGAGGUUGCUGUAGCAUCACAAGUGACGAGUUUUCUUUCUAUCAGAAAAAAACGUGGGUUGCAAGAAGGUGAUGAUAAAAAGAUGACUGUGAAAGAAGAUCAAAAUCCAGCUUUGGGAAAUGAAACUUUGCAGGCAGAGACAAAUACAUCAGCGAGGGACAAAAGAAAAAAGAUUGAUCUAGCAGCAGAGGCAAAAAGUUCAUCUUCUCUCCAGGGGAAGUGUGGCUUGUCACAAAACGGUGAUAAAGAGGCGAAUACUAAUGGAGAACAAAAUAUGCCUUUGGAACCAGUGUCCCUCACACAAGUGAACCCAUUAGGAAGGGGCAGAAGGAAAGAAGCUCUGGUGUCACGCACAACUAAUUCAAUUUCUCUUAGAGGAAAACGUGGCUUACCAGCAGACAGUGCUAGAGAAGAGGCUCCUAAAGAAGAUAAUGUUCCUUUAGAAACUGUUGCUUCAUCUCUGAAAGAAAAUCAGCUGAGAAGAGGCAGGAGGAAUCAAGUGACCUUGUCAGAAGUCGCAAGUUCUGCUCAGGGUACACACAGCUUAUCAAAGGAAAGUGGUAGAAAGAAUAAUCGUAGGGAAGCUAAAAACCUGAUUUCUGAAAAAUCUGCUUCCCAAGAAAAAAUGGACCUUUCAAAAGGCUACUCAAGGAAAAAAAAUAGCUCUUCACAGUCUGUUAGCUCUAGGUCUCUUCAGGGCUUGCCAGAAGAUGGUAAGAACAAAUCUCCAGAGGAACAGCAGAGUAUGCUUCUGGAAAUAACUCCAUCUUCAGAAGAAAAUCCAUCAAGAUUGGGCAGAAAAAAACCAGUUUCUUUCAAAUCUGAAUAUACUAGUUCCAGUUUUCUCAGGGAAAAACGUACCUUCUGCAACAAUAGAGGUCAAAAGGGAAAUCUUAAUGAAGAUGAAGGUACAUCUCUGGAAAAUAACUCAUCCCAGGAAAACCGUAGGCAGCUGAGAAAUAAGAGGGAAAAGGUAGAAUUCAAAUCAAAGGCAGCUACUUCUACCUCUCUCCAUGAUAAGGGCAACUUGCCAGAAAAUGAUAACACUUCAGAAACUCAAAAUAAGUGUUUGGCAUCUACUGGUUCUGAAAAAAAUAAGCAGCCUAGAAAAGAGGUUAGCCCUGCUCAACAGCCAACUUCCACUUCUCGCAGAAGAAAAUGUCAAUUGCCAGCAGAUGUCUUAGCACCCAAAAAGUUAAAAUCAGAUAAUGAUGAAAACAGAUCACCCAAAAGAGGAAGAAGAAACAAAGCCAAAGAAGAACUUGACAGAGGGGGUGUAAAAGCAACUCAGAAUCCUGGAGGAACAGACAGGAGAACAAGAUCGAGCACUAGAACAAGUGCAAGAACCAGAAAAUAGCCUUCACAGUUUCAGAAGCAAUUUUUAAAACAAUUCAGUGAUUGAACAAGUUUUUAACAUGAAUUGAUUUGCACUCGGAUUUUAAAUUCAGGUUUUGUAAAGCAAUCGUGAUGUUACAAAAGUGCUUCACUUGAUGUGUUUACAGAUACAGCAUAGAUACCUGUUCUUAGUAGAUUUGCCUGUAUAGCGGUUCUUAAACCAUGGGGUGCUUGUGCAGAAUGGCAAAUAUAAAAAUAAAUCCUUUCUAAUAGUAUUUAUCCCCUUCUUCUUUUGAUCAGUACAGCAGUCAGGAAGCCAUGCUACUUUACUUAUGUAAGCUAUUUCAUAGUUUCAUGUGCUUAAGUCUUAUUUUUCAUUGAAGUUUUGUAAAUAUUCUUUUUUUAAAAAAAAAACCUAUAGAUUUAUUAGCAAAACUAUGUUGAAAUGUUUUUUAAAAUAAGUUCAUUUUACUGAGAAGAUUUGUAAUUCAUUAAAUUCGUAAAAAAUU